CCUUUUCGAUCGCGGACCGCGCUCAGUUACGAGCGGACCUCUGACGGGAGCGGAACUUGAAGAAAGUCCCGCCCAACAGCCCAGAACAGAGAUGAUCUUCUCGCGGAUCAGGAACUUAGUGCGGGCACCCAGUGCCUUACUGUGCUGUCUGUUGGUUGUGAGUAGUGUAUUAGUGAGCAAUGUAGACUGUGCAAAAAAGGCUGCCCCGGCCGUCUCCGACGCCACGAUCGAGGAAGUUUCGGCCAAACAGUUGGAACGGUUACUAGAGGAUAAGGAUUACGUCGCGGUGUAUUGGUACGCCCGAAGUUGUACGACAUGCGAUACAGUAUUAGCCGAACUCGAGCACAUCGACGAUGACACCGACUCGUUCGGUGUCGAUUUCGUCAAAAUCAACGACAAACGACUAGCGAAACAGUAUGGCAUUACGAAAUUCCCCGCCCUCACCUAUUUCAGAGAAAAAGAACCAAUCAUCUACGAAGGUGACCUGAUGGACGAGGCUGGCGUGCUGGAUUUCCUCACGUCCCUCGAAGCAAUGGACCUACCAGAUCGGAUCGAGGAAGUCAACUCCAAGAUCCUUUCGAAAAUCAUCGAAGAUUCGGACUACGUUGCAGUCCUCUUCUGCACAGAUCACGAAAACUGUCCACCCGGAAACAACAAUCAGCCCGAAUGCAAAAAGUGCAUCAAGGCCCUUCAGGAGCUGGAGAACAUUGACGACGAAGCCGACGAAUUGGACAUUGGUUUCGUCAAGAUUCACGACGAUGCCCUAGCCGAAGAGUACAACCUGGGACCACUGCCGAAGCUGGUGUACUACCGGCACCAGACUCCGAUCGUCUACGAGCAUGAACUUCAGCGCGAGGAAGACGUACUGGAAUGGCUCGUGGAAAACAAGGCUACCGGCGACGAGGAUGACGUGAUCGAAGAGGUCAACGCCAAGACGCUCAAGACUCUGAUUGCCAACAUCGACAAUCUAGUCGUUUUGUUCUAUGACGAUGGAGACGAAGAGUCAGAAAACGUUCUGCAUGAGCUGGAGAAUAUCGAUGAUGACUGUGCCAAGCAUGGCAUUCAGUUCGUCAAGAUCGACGAUCCCAAGGUGUCCAAGGAGUACGGCAUCGAUGAUAUCCCAGCCAUCGUCUAUUUCGAGAAGGAGAUUCCCAACGUCUACGACGACGACCUGAGCGACGAGGAGGAAAUCCUACAAUGGCUUCUGUCGCAGCUGGAGAAGGACGAAAUCGAGGAUGUCACGGACGAGAUGUUGGACAAACUGAUCAAGGAAGGCAAAUCGGUCGCCGUUAUGUUCUACGACAACAAUGACAAGCAGUCCGACAAGAUCCUGGAUGAGCUGGAAUCCAUCGACGACGAGUGCGACCAGCUCGGUAUCAACUUCGUGAAGAUGGACGACACCGAAGAGGCCAAGGACUACGGAGUGACCAGUUUCCCAACGCUGGUUUACUUCGAGCAGGGAAUCCCAACGGUGUUUGAAGGCGACUUGGAGAAUGAGGAGGAAGUCUUGGAUUGGCUCGAGCGCCAGACCAACUCGGACGAGAUCGAGGAUGUUACCGACGAGAUGUUGGACAUGAUCAUCGAAAAGAUGCCGCACGUUGCCGUUCUGUUCUACGACAAGGACUCCAAGACGUCCCAGAAGGUGCUGGCCGAGCUGGAGAACAUUGACGACGAGUGCGACCAGAACGAUAUUGCCUUCGUCAAGAUCGACGAUGACAACGAGGCCAAGGAGUGGGGCAUUGAAGAGCUGCCCACUAUGAUCCUGUUUGAACGCGGCAUUCCACACAUCUACGAAGGAGAUCUGAUGCGGGAGGAGGAGCUGUUGGGCUGGUUGGUGCACCAGAAGAGACACUCGGAAAUUCCGGAAAUCACCGACGAAAUGAAGGACAAGCUGAUGCGCACCUACGAUCACGUGGCGAUCAUCUUCUACGACAAAGACGACAAGCAAGACAUCCGCGUGCUGAACGAACUGGAAAACAUCGACGAUGAGCUGGAGAAGGAAGAGAUCGUCAUUGCUCGUCUGGACAACGCAGAGGAAGCCCGCGAGUACGGCUUGGACCACCUGCCAGCCUUGGUAUACUUCGAGAACCAAAUCCCAGCGGUGUACGAAGGUGACCUGAUGAAUGAAGAAGAAGUGUUGGAGUGGCUCAAGCUGCAGAAGUACUCCGCAACCAUCGAGGAGGUCACCGACGAGAUUCUCCAGGAUCUGAUAGAAGAGCACGAGUACGUUUGCGUGUAUUUUAGCGGCGAGUGCGAAGAGGGUGAGAAGUGCGACAAGAUUUUGGACGACCUGGAAAACAUUGAUGAUGAGCUGGACGAAGCCGGUAUCAUCUUCGUCACCACCGAGGACAUGUCCACCGCCAAGAAAUACAACAUCAAGACGGUGCCAGCGUUGGUGUUCUUCCGCAACAAGGAUCCACUGAUUUACACCGGCGAUUUGAACGACGAGGAUGAGGUGCUGGCUUGGUUAACAGACGAGGAAACCCUGGAGAUUCCCGGAAAGAUCGAAGAAGUCAACAUCAAAAUGCUGGAGAAAAUUCUGGCUGAGAACGAGCAUAUCGUUGUGUUCUUCUAUCACGACGAGGACAAGAAGUCGCUGAAGAUUAUCAACGAGCUGGAGAACAUCGACGAUGAGUGCGAGGAGAAGGAUAUCAAUUUUGUCAAAACUUCGGACGACGAUAUCGACAAGGAGUACGAUCUGGAGCAGCUUCCGGCCUUGGUGUUCUACCGCCACAAGUUCCGUACCAUCUACAGCGGUGAUCUAAUGAACGAGGAUGAGAUUCUCGAGUGGGUUCUGCAGCAGUACGAGUCGAAACCCGAGGUGAUUGAAUCGGUCGAUCGUAAAACUCUGCAGGUCCUGGUCAACGAGAUCGAACAUCUUGCGGUGCUGUUCUAUGAUGAUGAUUGCGAGACUUGCCCUAAGAUCCUGGAAAAACUGGAAACCAUCGACGACGAUACGGAUAAGCACCACAUUCAGUUCGUUAAGGCCAAUGACGAGAAGCUAGCGCACGAGAUCGGAAUCUUCUCGUUCCCGGCUUUGGUCUAUUAUGAAACUGGUGUCCCGAUCAUGUAUGAUGGUAAUCUCAAAAACGAAAAACGCAUCUUGCAGUGGCUAGUCGAUCACAAAAGAAAGUAUGAUAUCAAAAUGAAAUACAGUGGCGGUCAGAAGAAAGAACGCAAGAAGGUCGUUUUCUCUGAUCCGGAAGAAGAGGCACGAUUAGCGCGCCUGCAGGCGGAAGCCCGAGCCCGAUCAGGGGUGCCGGAAAAAUCCAUCCUUAAACCACCGCCAGGAACCCCCAUGACCACCAGUCUACAAUACAAUCCCAUAUCAUUAGAUAACAAAUUACCGAAACCAAAGAGAGCAAAGCAAAAAGAAGUUCCCGAAUACAUCGAUCGAGACGAUAGAAUCGAUAAGAGCAGACCCAAGCAAAGCAAACUCAAACCAAUUCCCAAGCUACAACCCAUCAAAACCACCACCACCACCACUACCACCAAACCAUCUAAAACUGCUAAGCCUGAACCGCCCAAAAAGACCAAAGAAAGCAAAGCCCAAAAGCCCCAACCACCGUCGUUCAAGCCCUUGAAAAAACCCGAGAUCCAGAAAGCCGACCAGGCCAAACCCAAAGCGGACCUCAGGAAGUCCGAAGAUGAAGGUGACCUCAUGAACGAAUACGACGUGAUGGACUGGAUCACUGAUCAAACCACCGACGAAAGCAUCGAAGAAGUUGAUCGCGACGAGCUCUUUGAGCUGAUCGACACCAAAGACUUCCUGGCUGUGGUCUUCUACUUGGAAGAUGACGAAAACAGCCCCAAGGUGCUGCGACAUAUCGAGUUGAUCGAUGACGAAGCCGCCGAGUACGGUAUCCUGCUCGUCAAGUGCUCCGACAAGCUAAUGGCCAAGAAGUACGGUUUCCGUAAUCCACCCGGGGUGACGUACUUCCGCAAGGGUAAGGCCAUCAACUACGAUGGCGACAUCGACGACGAGGAGGAACUACUCGACUGGCUGACCAACCCGCACAACAUGGAGAUGACGGACCACAUCGAGAAGGUCAACCGCAAGAUGUUCCACAAGAUCCGGCAGGCGUCCGACUACUUGGCGGUGUUUUUCUACAGCGAAGACUGCAAGCAGUGCCCUCGUGUGCUAGCCGAAAUCGAACACAUCGACGACGAAGCCGAUGGUGCUGGAAUCAACUUCGUAAAAAUUGACGACAAACAGAUGGCCAAGGAGUUGGGCGUCUACGCUCUGCCGGGCAUUGUAUUCUUCAAGCUGAGCUCUAAGGACCCGGUGAUCUACGCCGGUGAUCUGAACAACGAAGACGAAAUCCUCAACUGGUUGAUGACGCAGAAGAACCCCGGUGGUGACGUCAUCGAAGACCUGGAUGGAUCCAAGCUACUGGCCCUCAUCGAAGACUCCAGCGCGUUAGCUGUGUACUUCUGGAACAAGACGACUUGCGAUAUCUGCAAUUCUAAGCUCGCUCGCAAGCUCCGCAAGGCAAAAGAACGUACCAAAGAACGACGAGGAUUGCUCCGCACGGAAACAUCGGCCGAAGUGCUAGAGGAAGCCGAGGAAGCAGACUCAACGAAUGGAGCGUCAUCUGAGGAUGCUGACAACUGCGAACAGUGUUCGAGUGUUCUUGAGUCGCUGGAAAACAUCGAUGACGAUUGCGACCGCCACGGAAUCAUGUUUGUCAAGACCGAUGACUUGACGAUUGCGGAGCAUUACGGAAUUACCGAUUAUCCUGUUCUGGUCUACUUCGAGGACAAUAUCCCCAACGUAUUCGAAGGAUCUCUUGAUGAGGAAGAAGAAGUUCUUCAAUGGCUUAUCACUCAGAAAACUGAAGAUCGCAUCGAACUCAUUACCCGAGUAAUGCUGGAGGAUAUGGUUGAGGAAACUCAAUAUCUGGCCGUCUACUUCUACAAAUACCAACCACCCUCUUACUGCCGAAGUUUUUGUUCAGCUGAAAACAUGCGAAAGCGAAAGGAAAUGACUCGGGCGGGCGCAUCAGACAAGAUCAACUGCAACAUUUGCGAUCAGAUCCUCGAGGGGCUGGAAGUCAUCGAUGACGAGCUGGACGUGUUCGGUAUCCACAUGGUCAAGAUUCAGGAUCCACAACUGGCGAAACGCUACUCCAUCAAGACCUUCCCUGCGUUGGUCUACUUCAGAAACGGAAACCCGUUGCUCUACGAAGGAGAUCUUCAAAGUGAACAGUCGGUACUGGAAUGGCUUAUCGACGACGAUAACCGUGAACUGGCUGACGAAAUCGAAGAAGUUAACGAACGCAUGUUGGAUAGAUUGAUGGAGCAAUCUCCGCUGCUUUGCGUAUUCUACUAUGACGAGGACUGUCAAGAGUGUGAAGACAUUCUGGAAGAGCUAGAGAUGAUCGACAGUGAAGUCGACUUGUACGGUAUCGACUUUGUCAAGAUUGCCAGUUUGAACGCUGCUCACAAAUACGGAAUAACCAACAUCCCAUCCCUGGUUUACUACAGGAAACAAAUCCCAAUGCUGUACGACGGAGAUAUGCACGACCAUCAGCGCGUCAUGAACUGGCUGACAUCCCAGGAUGUUUUCGAAAUCAAGAACGAAAUUGAGGAGGUUAACAGGAAGAUGUUGAACAAACUGUUGGACGAGAACGAGUUUCUGGCCGUCUACUUCUUCGAAGAAGACCACGCCGAGAGCAACGCCGUCCUCGAAAAGCUCGAGCUGAUCGAUAGUGAAACGGACAACUUGGACAUUCCCAUGGUCAAAAUGGGAGAUCCACGAUACGCCCGCAAGUGGGGAGUCACCAAACUGCCAGCCAUCGUCUACUUCCGCAAGCGGUUCCCUAGCAUUUACCGUGGUGACCUGUACAAUGAGCAGGACGUUCUGGAGUGGCUGCGGAAGAAUCGCUUCCGCCAACCGGAGCUCAACAUUCUAAUGUACGGAUGCAUCGCCACUGCGCUGGGAUUCAUCGUCUACACUGCAUUCCUGUUGCAGUGCUUCAAACCAACGCCACCUCCACCGGUUCAGCAUCCGAAACAGAACUAGAGCAGUGCAACUUAAACCUUCUUUUGUUAUUUUUAAACUCCACAAACAGCUCUUUGACAGAUGGAACUGUCGCAAGACAUUUUUUUAAUUCAUAGGCUAGUUUAGUCGCAAGAUAAAUUUUGAGUAAUUUGUUAUUGUAUAAUUUGUAUAAAACAGAAAAUAAAAUAUUUCUUAAAUAUUUUUAACAGUUUGGCAAAUCAAUUUCAUUAGUAAAAAUCACAUGUUUUAUGCACUCAAUCGUCCAAACAAGAAUCGUUCAAUCGAGAGCACUGAAAACUCACUUUUUGUUAAUAGCUGGAACAGAAUAACUGUAGUAGAAACUCUCACAAUGUAGAUAGUUAAACAAAAAAAAAUUUAAAAAUGAUAAUAAGACGCCACAAAAACAGAAACUUGUAAAAAUUGAAACCAUGCAUUUUUAGUAGACAUACUGUACUGAUGUAAAACGAAAGAUGCAAAACGUUAAUAUUAAGUCGUCCUGCAACACAUGGAAAUCGCUUAGGAGAAGAAAACAACCAUCAAUCGUACCGCGCGCGAACUAGUUAGGGCCGUAUCGUAACUUUUACUAAACGAUCAAAUCGAAACAAAUAAACUCAAUAGACGAGCGACAACCGGAAAUAGACAGCAACUCCCAACCACUUCAUUUAGACUCUCACUCUUCCCGUUUUUACUCCUUUCUCGAUAUUUCACGCAUCAAUCCUGUUUGCGUUACCAACAGUCGUCAGCUGGUAAGGCCAGCAAAAACCAAAUCCUCCAUCCGUAUUUGGAACCGU